AUGUUUGCGCUUGCAUUCCUCGACACAGUGCUCUCGGUCAAGGGCUGGCGACUGGAACAAAAGGGGGUGCUUGCAGCGGGCCGUGUUCACCUGGCGUUGAUCAUCACAACUCAUGAUGCAAUCAAGGGCGGAGUGAAGGCAUGGAGCAAUGGGACAAUGGGGGCUUCGAUCCCCGCCCGAAUGUUACCUGGCGGGCACAUGGCGACGGAGCAGAGGGCAGGCCAGGUGGUAGCCUUGGGGCUCCGAGUAAAAUACGAAUGGACGGGCAUCGAGAGGAGCUUGGGUAGCAGAGGGAGGCAGUCCGCCCUCGCUCAGCCCGCACCAAACCGACUGGACGGAACACAGUUGAGCCUGCUUGCUUUUCUCCCACCCGAACCAUCCUCCCCUCUCCGCAAGCAGUGCCACAACGACGGAUCGAAAACAAACAGGCAAUCGGCUAGGCCAUUGAACCUGUCCGAACCCGCGCGCGAAGCAUCAGCACCACCAUCAACGAAAAUACCCGGCGCCUGUCCUGCUGGAGCCGGCCCGGAGCGGAUUGUUUGGUGGCACCGCAUUGCAUGCUGUCGCUUGGCCGGGUCCAAGCAGGCAUCAGAGGAUCCAGUAGCCCAGACCCAAGCAGAGCCCCAGCCCGCGGAUCCUGCGUCAGCGGACACGUCCCAUCGCCGCUGCCAACUGCUGCUCAGGGGACAAGCCGCCACAUGA